CGAACUUCUUGCCCGGUCUUUCUACCAGGGAAAUGCAUGUGGUGGUGGUGGCAACAGCCUUGAUACUGUUCCUAAGCAUGGGGCGGACCUCAGACUCUCUCUGCUCACCCACCAUUUUUUACAGAGACUGUUGGAUCCGUCGCUUCCCAGGGCUUCUGAUUGACCUGGAGGAGUCUCAGAAGCUGGGAGCUCAGUUCCUGAAGUAUUAUUCUGAAAGCACCGGCCAGAAAUGCAGCAGGAGCUGCUGCCUUAGGAAGGAUGUUUCCUGUAACGUGGCUGUCUUCUACCAUGAUCCUAUUCAUGACAAUGUCAACUGCCUCCAUAUUCACUGCCCCACGCUGGAGAGCUGCAUAUUAGAGCCCGGAACCAGUGCCAUUUUAUACAACAUAACAGAAGGUAUAGAUCCAGAUUUGCUGAUUUUUGAACAAUCACCUCCCACAUAUCUAAAUACCCGUUCUUCAUCUAACACAUGGGACAGACUAAGGAUUUUAAAAACUACACAUUUAGAUAAACAACAAACUACUGUGAUAAACCAAAUGCUACCAUCAACAGAGGCACCAUCAUCAACCCCACAUCAAGAUUUGUUUGUCAACACAAACAAUACCAGGUAUUCCAAGGAAUUAACCACAGAUUCCUGGGCAAGACUCGUUUCCCUGAAUGACUCCAUUACCACAGAGUUAAAUAUGGUGUCACACAGCACUGAUUUCAUCAAUAACCCAGAUAACAAGACUAUUUCUCCUUUCUUUGUUCCCAUAGACACAAAACUUUUUCAUAGGCCUAUUCCAUCCCAAGUCAACAGUAGCAAGCAAUUACUAAACAAAACCAAGGGGUCCAACAGCAGAAACCACACAUGUGAGAAUGAAGACAUGACACCUGAAUGGGCAUCUGUGACUUCAAAGAUGUGGCUGGCUCCAGUGGCCCUCUGUACCUCUGUCAUCUUUCUUUGCUGUUGUAUAAUCAUCCUGGUGUCUGGAUGCUGUAGAAAGCAGCAGGGCCAGUAUAAGCCAGGACAGAGAAAGUCAGGAUCCAGGCAUAUUAAAAAAUUUAACACUCUAAAGGAGAACUCUUAAUAGUAAAAGUUACAGGGAGAUGGUAAGCUUUCAAGAGUAUCAUUUUUAGUUUUCUGUAAGACAAGGACUCUUUGGUUAAAAAAAAAUAAUUGCACAGGAUGCUCACUCCUACCAAUCUUUAAAAAAGGCCAAAUGCUUGAUAAACUUAAGUGCUUUUUUGGAUUAUUUCUGUUUUUUGAACAGUGUACCCUUUGCCAAAUUUCCAAAAUUCUGACCCCUGCAGUUAUUUAGCACUGCAUGAGAGAUAUGCUUCUAAGUGCUGUACAUGUAUUCACUCAUGGAUAUAAUUUUAUGAAUUAGGUAUACUUUUAUUGUACAGAUGAGGAAAAUGAGGAGAGGCUAAAUAUCUUCCCUAAAAUCACACAGCUAAUAAGUAGUGAAGGCAGGACUUAAUAGGUAAUCUGGUUCAAAAGUUCAUGCUUGAAAUCAGUUAGAUUAAAAGCUUUCAUUUUCCCAAAAAGCAUGGAAAAAAGAUACAGAGAGGAAAACACCAUUACAUCAUAUUUAUCUCCUGUCAAGGUCAAAUUAUUGUCAUGUAUGUUAAUAAAAUCUUCUGGUGGUUUGGACAGAAGAGCAAUAUUAUUACAGUUACUAACCCAUGUGCAAACGCUGCCUUUUUUUUAUACAGUUUUAAUGUUCAAUUGAUUAAUUCCUUUUAAUCCGAAACCAUCUUCAUUUUUUUAAAGCUGACAUGGCUUUA